CGCAGACGGUGGUGGGCAGAGAGAGCGACGGCUCCAGGCCGGCACGAGCGAGGUGAGAUGCGCCCUUAUCGCCCUUAUCGCUCUCAAUCGUCCGUGCAGUAUCUAUCGGAGUGCCCUGACACUCCUCGCCAACCGGAUCGCGACCUCGACGGCUAGCAACGAUAGCGGCGAUACAGGACCGGAGAACGCUCGCUCCGGCCGAACCGACCGAUCUCAAACAUUAGAGGAAGGAUAAAAUUUGAGAAUGGGAGGUGGAGACUGGAGCGGUUGGUUGCAACGAUGCCGGCAAUCUCGGAGGCUCGUUCUCGUUAUCGUCGCCAUCGCAUUGCUGCUGGAUAACAUGUUGCUGACGACCGUAGUUCCAAUAAUACCGGAAUUUCUUUAUGAUAUCAAACAUCCUAAUGCAACAUUAAGUGACCAUCUAGAAGGAGGCGCAUUUCAUCAAACUACGGUCGUCACCACCACAUCGCCAACAACAACAACAACGACAAAAUGUACUUGUGCUCCAAAUACAUCGGCGACAUUGGAAUUUUUACAUGUUACAACUCCUUCUAUGAAUCUAUCGGAAAUUACUGCAGCCAAUCUCACGUCGGACACGAAAGAAAAGGAGCAGAGACAUCGGGAAUUAUUGGAAGAGACCGUAGCAGUAGGAAUGAUGUUCGCUUCCAAGGCUUUUGUCCAAUUGUUGGCUAAUCCCAUAGUUGGACCGUUGACCCACAAGAUUGGAUACAGCAUACCUAUGUUUACCGGGUUCAUUAUCAUGUUUCUAUCCACGCUGAUUUUUGCUUUCGGUCGAAGCUACGGUAUACUUUUUCUAGCACGAGCUCUACAGGGUAUCGGUUCAUCAUGCUCUAGCGUUUCCGGUAUGGGUAUGUUGGCGGAGAGAUAUCAGGAUGACAAAGAACGUGGUAACGCGAUGGGUAUCGCGCUGGGCGGACUAGCUCUUGGCGUUCUUAUCGGCCCUCCAUUCGGCGGAGUAAUGUAUGAAUUUGUAGGAAAAUCUGCUCCGUUUUUAGUUCUUUCUGCGUUAGCCCUUGGCGAUGGAUUAUUGCAGCUUUUGAUGCUCCAACCAUCGGUCGUGUAUACGGAAGCAGAACCACCGUCGUUAAAAUCUCUUAUCACUGAUCCCUAUAUUGUUUUAGCAGCUGGCGCGAUAACGUUCGCAAAUAUGGGCAUUGCUAUGUUGGAGCCGAGCCUACCUAUCUGGAUGAUGGAUACGAUGGGUGCAAGUCGUUGGAAACAAGGGGCCACGUUUUUACCUGCGAGUAUCAGUUACUUGAUCGGAACAAAUCUUUUCGGGCCACUCGGGCACAAAAUGGGCAGAUGGUUAGCUUCUCUGAUUGGACUAGUCGUUAUCGGUAUCUGCUUGAUGUGCAUUCCGCUAGCGAGAAGUAUCGAUCACUUAAUUGUACCGAAUGCGGGGCUGGGAUUCGCGAUCGGAAUGGUAGACAGUUCGAUGAUGCCCGAGCUGGGAUAUCUGGUUGACAUAAGGCAUACCGCUGUUUACGGAAGCGUUUAUGCUAUUGGCGACGUGGCGUUUUGUCUUGGCUUUGCUAUAGGUCCAGCAUUGAGCGGAACUUUGGUCAACACUAUUGGUUUUGAAUGGAUGCUUUUCGGCAUAGCUUUGUUAAAUUUCAUUUACGCCCCUCUUAUGUAUUUCUUAAGGGCGCCACCAACCAAAGAAGAGAAAAAGUCGUUAAUAAUUGGUGAAAAAUCAUCUGUGCGUUAUGUCACCUACCAGAAUGAGGAAGAGGAUCAGUAA